AUGAUCACUUCCCAAUGCGCCUGGCUAGUCCUAGGAAUUAUAAUCCAAGCCCUGAUCAUAUUCUUCCUGAUUCAAGAUUCGGCUUUGUCCCAUCCUAUAUUGCUAUCGAAAAGAUUGCUAAGUUUUAGUGAAAAAAAAUGCGAAAAUGGCAAGGUUUUUAUUUAUGAUCUUCCUCCUACAUUCAACAAACAGCUCCUUGAAAAUUGCCAUGACUUGGACCCUUGGAAAUCCCUGUGUCCGGCGGUUUCCAACGGCGGGUUCGGCCCGAAAGCCGCCAGCUAUCUCACCGGAGUCGUACCCGGAAAUAUUGCUCCGGCUUGGUACUGGACAGACAUGUACGCCGCCGAGGUAAUUUAUCAUCUCAGGAUGAUGAAUUAUGAAUGUCGGACGCUAAAACCCCUAGAGGCCACUGCAUUUUAUGUUCCAUUUUAUCCUGGAUUGGCAAUCGGGAAGUACUUGUUCUCCAAUUACACUGCAAAAGACCGCGAUCGCCACGGCGAAAUGUUGCUGGAUUGGAUCAAGGAACAGAGUUCUUGGAAGAAACGAAACGGGUCGGAUCAUUUCUUAGUGUUUGGUAGAUUAACGUGGGAUUUCCGUAGGUUGACGAAUCAGGAUUCCGAUUGGGGUUCCCGGUUUAUGUACAUGCCCGAGAUGCAAAAUGUAUUGAAAAUCAGUGCAGAAAGAAACACAUGGGAUGAGUUGGAAUUCAGUGUUCCAUAUCCAACAGCAUUCCAUCCAAGGUCAAAAUCUGAUUUGGCGGAAUGGCAGGGUUAUAUUCGAGCCAGGACCCGAAAAUGCUUGUUUAGCUUCGUGGGCGCGACCCGGAAGAAAAUCAGGAAUGAUUUCAGAGGUUUGUUGAUGGAAUUUUGCAAGAGUGAAUCUUCAUGCAGAGUGGUAGAUUGUUCGGCAACUAGGUGCUCGGAAGGAGAACCGGCGAUUUUAGAAACCUUCCUGGAUUCCGAUUUUUGUUUGCAGCCUAAAGGAGAUGGUUAUACUAGGAGAUCAUUCUUUGAUUGUUUGAUGGCAGGUUCGAUACCUGUGUUUUUCUGGGUGAAGAGCUUUAAGGGUCAGUAUGAGUGGCAUUUGCCUUCGAAACCUGAGAGUUAUUCAGUAUUUAUAGAUCAUAGAGAUGUUAGGCUUAAUGGCACAGUUAAUAUUAGAAAUAAGCUUGAGGGGUUUAGUCAAAUUCAGAUUAGGAAAAUGAGGGAAACUGUGAUUGAUCUUCUUCCAAGAAUCUUGUAUGCAGAGUCAUCAAAGAAUGGAUCAGGGGAUUUUAAGGAUGCUUUCGAUGUUACCAUUGAGAGUGUUUUGAAGAAAUUAGAGUUGGAUUCAAAGAAGAACCAAUCAAUAGGUUGAAGUGUAGACAUUGAAAUAUCAGUUAAGUGUUUUCUUUUCUUUCGUUUUUCCCCAUACCUCCAACUGAUGUUCCUUA